UUUCAGUUCCUUCCACAUUAGUCCUUCUUCAGUCCGAGGAAGCCGGUCUUCUCUUUGGUUUUUGUCAACCUUGGCAACCUCAUCCAUGUCAUUCAGGUAUAUAUUCCCAACCCUCACCAUUACUCAUUCCCCCCCUCCUCAUUCCUUCCCCUUCUUUCCUCAAUAAUAUAUCUGCAAAGCUACUUUUCUUUCUUUAUCUUUCUCUCUCCCUUCAUCCAUCUCCUCCCUCCAACAAGAACUAUAGCAAGAAGGCACUUAUUUUUGAUGGAGAGGGGAGAUAGUUGUGAUACAGACCUUUCUCUUGGCCUGGGCUUGCCGACUAUUAUCCGCCAACAGCAACUGAACCCCCCGCCACCGCCGCUAGAGCCAUCCCUGACUCUUAGCCUCUCCGAAGAAAUCUAUGGCUCGACGACAACGCCGAAGGAGGCCAGACUAUCUUCUCCCCAUAGCACAAUCUCUUCUUUCUCAACCUCUAAUAUCAAGAAGGAGAAACUUGAUGUUGGUGGUGAGGAGACAGAGGUUGAGAGAGGCUCUGCUUCACGAGCAAGGGAAAGGGAAAGGGAAAGGGAAGAGGAAGAUGAAGCUUCAGCCGCCGCCAGAAAGAAGCUGAGGCUCACCAAGGAACAGUCUGCCCUUUUAGAGGACAGGUUCAAGGAGCAUAGUACUCUUAAUCCUAAACAGAAGCAAACGUUGGCCAAGCAACUGAAUCUAAGAGCAAGGCAGAUUGAAGUUUGGUUCCAGAACAGAAGAGCAAGGACCAAAUUAAAGCAGACAGAGGUGGACUGCGAGUUCCUGAGAAGGUGUUGUGAAACCCUAACUGAAGAGAACAGAAGGCUACUGAAGGAGCUUCAGGAGCUAAAGGCUAUCAAGUUCUCAACCCCUCCACCACCUCUCUUCAUGCAGCUUCCGGCCGCCACUCUCAUGGUUUGCCCGUCAUGCGAGAGGGGCACUCCUUCUUCGUCCUUCUUAGGCCGAUCUCUUCUGCUCUAG